AUGUCUGAUGCUACCUUAUAUCGUCAGCUAGUUGGCAGUCUUGUCUAUCUCACAAUUACUCAUCUAGACAUUGCCUAUGUUGUUCACAUUGUCAGUCAGUUCAUGGAUGCUCCUCGCUCUCCGCACUAUGAUGCUCUCGUUCGCAUUUUGCACUAUCUCAAAGGAACUAUGUUUCAUGGUCUUCAUUACUACGCACACUCAUCUCUACAGUUACACGCAUUUUCUGAUGCAGAUUGGGCAGGGGAUCCUACUGAUUACCGUUCUACUACAGGAUUAUGUUUCUUCUUGGGCGACUCUCUUAUUGCCUGGCAUAGCAAGAAGAAAACUCUUGUUGCCCGUUCUAGUACUGAGGCUGAGUAUCGUGCUCUUGCUGACACUACUCAAGAACUUUUAUGGCUUUGCUGGCUCCUUGCUGAUAUGGGUGUUUCUUCUCCUGGUGCCACUUCUCUCCAUU